UUUGCUCAUCUCUUUGUACUCAUUUCCUCCAAAAUAUGAGAAACAUGAAACUCUUUCUUUUCCUUUCUUUCAAUGCUCUCAUGUUACUUGAAGCAUUCGGGAAUAGCCAUGAAACUGAUAAGCAAGCAUUACUCAAGUUCAAGUAUCAAGUUUCUGAGGAGAAAAAAGUUUUGUUGUCUUCAUGGAACAACUCCUCCCCUCUCUGCAAAUGGACGGGGGUUACAUGCGGCCGCAAAAACGAGAGAGUUACUGGUUUGGAACUUGGAGGAUUCCAAUUGGGUCGAGUGAUAUCGCCCUCUAUUGGUAAUCUAUCGUUUCUCAUAUCAAUUAAUUUCACUUAUAACUCUUUUGGUGGAACCAUCCCUCAAGAGCUGGGAAACUUGUUUAGACUUCAGUACUUGGAUAUGAGUUUCAAUUUUCUGGGAGGAGGGAUUCCAGCUAGUCUCUUCAACUGUUCUAGAUUGUUGAACCUUGCUUUAUUUUCGAAUCAUCUUGGACAAGGUCUUCCUUCAGAACUAGGAUCAUUGAGUAAGCUUGUUACAUUAGAACUUGGUCAAAACCACCUGAAAAGAAAACUCCCUGUAUCUCUAGGAAACUUAACAUCACUCAGAAAAAUUUCCCUUACAGAUAAUAAUCUGGAAGGAGAAAUUCCUGAUACCAUCGCUAGGUUGACUCAAAUGGUGUUUUUUGUAUUACACAACAACCAUUUCUCUGGUGUUUUUCCUCCUGCAAUUUACAACUUGUCCUCACUUCAGUCUUUGGGCAUGUAUGGUAAUGAUUUUUCCGGGAACUUGAGGCCUGAUUUUGGUAACUUGCUACCAAACCUUCGAGAAUUUUCUAUCGGAAGUAAUUCUUUCACAGGAGCCAUUCCCUUAACACUAGCAAAUAUUUCAACUCUUCAGUAUUUGGUCAUGGAGUUUAAUAGUCUGACAGGAAGAAUUCCCUCGUACUUUGCAAAACUACAAUAUUUGCAAACGCUAUCCCUUAGUGACAAUUCUUUGGGAGGUUUUUCAGCGGGAGAUCUUGAAUUUCUUAUUACUUUGACCAACUGUACCGGACUGCAAAUCUUAGAUGUGUCAUUCAAUAAGCUUGGAGGGGACUUGCCUGUCUCCAUCGCCAAUCUGUCAAUGAACCUCACCAUGUUAUCUCUUCGAGAUAAUUUCAUAUCUGGAAGCAUUCCGCACGGCAUCGGGAAUCUCAUAGGCCUACAAGCAUUAGUGUUGUCCGGAAAUCUAUUGACAGGACCAAUCCCAGCCUCUUUAGGGAAACUUUCAGGAUUGAUGGGAUUAAGUGUCCAUACAAAUAGAAUGUCAGGAGAGAUACCGUAUUCUUUAGGCAACAUCACUCGGUUAGAAAGACUCUAUUUGUACAACAAUGGUUUUGAAGGAAUCAUUCCUCCAAGUCUUGGUAAAUGUAGCUAUUUGCUAAAUUUACAUAUCGAGAAUAAUAAGUUGAAUGGUAUUAUACCUCACGAGAUUAUGAAAAUUUCAACCCUUGUUUCCCUACGCAUGUCAAAUAAUUUAUUGACGGGUUCUCUACCAGAAGAUGUUGGACAACUUGAAAAUCUUGGUAAUUUAUCUGUUGCUCAUAAUAAGCUAUCAGGGAAACUCCCAAAGACUUUAGGAAAGUGUCUCUCGAUGGAAAAACUUGAUCUUCAAGGAAAUUCUUUUGAUGGAAUCAUUCCAGAUAUAAGUGGGUUGGCGAGUAUUAAGGAGGCUGAUUUCUCAAGCAACAAUCUCUCCGGAAGAAUCCCUGAAUAUCUUGUAAACUUUAGCUUGUUGGAGUAUCUCAAUCUAUCCUUCAACAACUUCGAGGGAAAUGUGCCUAUGUAUGGGAAGUUCAAAACUGCUACUAUAGUUUCUGUUUUUGGAAACAAAAAUCUUUGUGGAGGCAUCUUGGAACUGCGACUAAAGCCAUGUUUUACGCAACCACCAGGAAAUUCAAGAAAGAAAGUUGUGAUUGGGGUAAGCAUAGGCAUAUCUUUUCUUUUGCUUUUGUUCGUAUCUUUAGUUUCUCUUUGUUGGCUUAAAAACAGAAAGAAGAAAAAUACCAAUGAAGCAACUCCUGCCACCUUGGGAGUUUUUCAUGAAAUGAUAAGUUAUGGAGAUCUUCGAAAUGCAUCAGAUGGCUUCUCUUCGAGUAAUUUGAUCGGGUCAGGCAGCUUUGGUACCGUGUUUAAAGCUUUUCUCCCUGCUGAGAACAAGGUUGUUGCUGUGAAAGUUCUAAACAUGCAGAGACAAGGAGCAAUGAAGAGCUUUAUGGCAGAAUGUGAAUCUUUGAAAGACAUUAGACAUCGUAAUCUUGUGAAACUGUUGACAGCUUGUUCGACUAUUGAUUUCCAAGGAAAUGAAUUCAGAGCUCUAAUCUAUGAGUACAUGCCAAAUGGAAGCUUGGAUAUGUGGCUGCACCCAAAGGAAACGGAAGAGAUUUCUAGGCCCUCAAGAACAUUGACACUUUUGGAAAGGAUUAACAUAGCGAUAGACGUGGCUUCUGUUUUGGAGUAUCUUCACGUAAGUUGCCAUGAAGCUAUUGCUCAUUGCGAUCUUAAACCAAGCAACGUUCUUCUAGACGAUGAUCUAACCGCCCAUGUUAGCGACUUUGGUCUUGCUCGGAUCCUCCUCAAAUUCGACCAGGAAACCUUCAUUAACCAACUUAGCUCGGCUGGAGUCAGAGGAAGCAUCGGCUAUGCGGCACCAGAAUAUGCAAUGGGAGGAGAAAUAUCAGUACAUGGUGAUGCAUAUAGCUUUGGGAUUCUCAUUUUUGAAAUGUUCAGUGGAAAAAGACCAACUGAUGAGAUGUUCGGAGGAGACUUUACCCUCUAUAGCUGCAUCAAGUCUGCAUUGCCAGAGCAAGUUUUGGAUGUGGCAGACGAGUUGUUUCUUCACAACGGCCUUAGAGUUGGCUUCCCUGCUGCUGACUGUUUGACAAAGGUUUUAGAAGUGGGACUUGGGUGUUCUGAAGAGUCUCCAGCAAACCGGUUGGGAAUGAGUGAGGUUGUAAAAGAAUUGAUCUCAAUCAAGGAGAGGUUCUUCGAAGCCAGAAGAGGAGCUAGACAUUGAAGUGUCUGUCCCGUAUGCUUGCUCCUCUACAAAACUCGAAGACUUGUUGAUGUAUAAUAUUUCUUUAUAGUAUGCGUUGAAUGUUGGGAACAUAAUGCUACGUGAUUAGCAGAUAAAAUAUGAAUGUUGUGUUUGCAAUUUGAAAUUUGUAAUUUUGGAAUAUAUGUUGGUAAAACAUUUGCUUUAGCAAUUUGAUAUCUAAUACAUGAUUACUAGUUUAUAAUU